AUCGAUUGUAAUUCAGCGGGUAAUAAUUUUGCGGUAAAAUCUCUGCAACGCUCUAGAUAUCAUUUUGGGGUCCGAUUAUGAAUUCUUUAUUUAUGAUUAUAAUUAUGAAUCCGUAAUCAUAAUUAUAAUUGUUUAACUUUAGUCAAUUUUUUAACUAUCAUGAGUAUAUUGUGCAGUAAUGAGAAAGGAUGGGUUAUUUCCCAUUAUGACUAUUCUAAAAAUCUUUACAGAAACGUACAUUCGCCAACUGGUAUUAUUGAUUUAAAUUAUAACAAAAAUCUUUUUAAAAUCACAACCCCAUUUAUGAGGGACCAGGAAGCUGAAAAAUUAGCGUCAUUUUUAUCCUGUGACAGUUCUUUAAGAAAAGUUAGGAAGAGGAGACGUCUAGCUUCAAAUGACGUUGAAGUACAAUUAGUUCAAAAAGCACUUGGAUCUCUUCUGAAAGAAGCAAGAAAUAACUCAAAUUUUCAGUUAUCAGUAACCCAUUUCGAUAUAUUGGAAAAUAAUGCCACUGCCAGAAAUUUUGUAAAUGAAUUUUAUGAAUCACAAAAAGAGGGGGAAAAUAUGAAAGAAUAUGGUUUGCUUAAAGGAGCAAAUGUUAUUUCAAGCCCCCAAGUUGUUGAAAUUAAUAAUAAGCCUUACGUUAUACCUCCUUAUUCCAAUUUUAUUCGCUGUAAUUUAAAUGAGUUAGAUGAAAAAGAUAAAAAGUUUGAUUUUAUUUUGCUUGAUCCACCAUGGUGGAAUAAGCAUGUCCGAAGAAAAAAAAAGAAUAAUUGUUGUGAGGGAUAUGAAAUGAUGAGAGAUGAUGACAUAUUAAAUAUUCCUAUUAGAACUUACUUGGAAGAAACAGGACUGGUUGGUAUUUGGUGUACAAAUGGUUCCAGUCAUAUUAAUUCCAUUAAGCAAAAUUACUUCCCUCAUUGGGGGCUAGAGUAUGUUGCUACUUGGUUUUGGAUAAAAGUUACAGAGAGUGGGGAACCUGUUUGUUCUUUUACAAAUUCAAAUGGAAAGAAACCAUAUGAAAGAAUUAUAUUUGGAGCUUCUCAGAAACGACAUUUCAAAAAUCCUGAGGAAUCCAAAUAUUUUCUAAGUGUGCCAAGCGCUUUACACUCUCAUAAACCACCUCUUACAGAUAUAUUGAAGGAUUAUUUACCAGAAAAUGUUAAAUGUCUUGAGCUAUUUGCAAGAUAUCUUCUUCCUGGAUGGACUAGUGUUGGUAAUGAAGUUAUUUUAUUGCAGUCACUCAGUCUUUUUGAACAGACAGGAGUAGCAUAGUUUUAAAUGACAAUUUUUAUAAUUGGUAAUUAAUAAGUAUAUUUACCGACUAAUUAGGAUUUUUUGUUCCUUCUAUAUUAACCUAUAAGACUGUUUUAACACCAAUAUUAAUUAAUACUUCCUAAUAAUGUAAAGUACUCAUUUUUUAUUUUCAGCUGUUAAUUGUAAAAUCAUAUUCAUAUAUUUGCAUAUUCCCUUUAUUGCUAAUAUUAUAGAAGCUUAUCUCAACUAAGAUUAGAGAUUUUGUGAUACUAGAUAUUUUAGUCUGAAAGGUAACUGAUUCCUUUGUUUGAGGUGAAGCAGAAUUAACUUACUUUUCACCUGCCCAUAAAUAAAGAUAUAUAAUAAAUAAGGAUGUAUAAAUAAUAUAAGAAGAAGCUAUAAAAUGUUAGUGUAAAACCUUAACUCUUUACCAGUCACAUCUUUUAGGGUGUUCUUGCUACCACAUUGGGUAUAUUUAAAUGAAAAAUGAUCAGCAACAAAAUAAUUAAUAUAGAAAGCAUGGAUAUUAUUGUCGUUAGUCAAUGAUUAAAUAACAUCAUGACAAAAUCUCAAUGAAAUAGUGACGAACCCUUAAAAUGAUGAAAAAAAAAUUGAUAUUGAUCAAUUGGUGAAAGUUGUCGACUGCCGAAACUGAGACGGCGGGAAAUAUGCCAGGAAUUCAACUAUGUGCAAGAUUUAG